CUAGCCUAGGGUUGCCUGGUAAAUAUACACACACCACCACCACGGAUCGGAGACAGAAAGAAAGAAGUCGGCAUAUAUUUUAAUUAGCAAUCUUUAUUUGUUUGGUGUAUACCACAGUAUAUAGAGAAUUUAACGGAAGUCUGGUUAGUGUCAGCGAGAACCACCAUGGUUAGUAAAUAACUUGCAAAGAGGGACUUCCUCAGACAAGUCCAGGGGAACGUAGCUUGAACCUGGUGCUCAAGAAUGGGUUCUGCAGGCUCCAUUCCAGCACUUCAGAACAGACAAGAAGGUGGCUACCCUCAGAGAUCUAAGGCCUGGAUGGGCCUCAAGGCCACCAUCCGCUUCAAGCUUCUCAACAAUGGCCUUUGGAGCAGCAUGCGUAGCGAGCGGGAGCCGUGGCGCAGCAUCCUCCACAACGCGGCGGCAGACUUCGAGCAGGAGCAGGACAAGCUGCAGGAUGCCGUGGUGGACCUGGAAAGCACGCAGAUGUUCCGGGACAUGAUCCGCGGGAUGGUGCCCCCACCGGGGAUGGACUCUGGCGGGAGGUCCGUCUGGGUCUUCAUCAGUUCAACCUUCACAGACACAAGGAUAGAGAGGGACUUGCUUCUCUUGGAUGCUUACCCGUACAUCAGGGACUACUGUCGACAGAUUGGCAUCGACUUCAAUGUAGUCGAUUUCCGAUGGGGUAUCAGGCAAGGAGCAUCUAACAGACACAUGGCUGCUGAUAUAUGCUACAAUGAAGUAGCUCGGUGUAGAGACAAUUCUAUUGGGCCAUACUUUGUUGCCAUCCUUGGGAACAAAUAUGGAUACCGUCCCAUACCCCCCAAAUUCACAAUGACCAAAUACCAGAAGGUGGUAGCCUACCUAGAGAAAGAAGAGACUAGUGAAUCGUUAGAAGCUGUGGCUCUCAUGAAGGAAUGGUACAUUCUGGAUACUAAUGCGCUUAAAGAACCAGAAUACGUCUUGCAGCCGAUCGACUCAAAGCUCAAGAAUUACUACAGCUUCGAUGAAGCCCUGGCUGAGGUUGACCAAGACAAGUGGAAUGAGGUGUUCUCUUUUCUUCAGCAAGGCAUCUACAGUGCUGUCAAGUACAUACCUGACAUGGAUCCAGAAUAUGUCAAGGAUGUUAUACAGUCAGUUACAGAAGGUGAGAUAGAAGUCGGUCUUGAAGGAAUGGGUAGCCAGGAUUCCGGUGGCCCCCCUCGCUGCUACACCUUCACCCGAUCCAUCAAUGGCCUGGAUUCUGCCGAGAGAUUCAGCAGGAGAUUCCUUGACAGUGGGUCUCCGUUGGAGCAGGUGGAGAAGCAGAGGAAACUGGGGGAACUGAAGGAGAAGCUCUCAAAGACACUGCCUCUGGAUGCUCUGUACAAUUACGCCCUACGAUUUCAUCCAAGCCAAGAGGAGAUGAUGAAGGAUGACGGGAACAAGAACACGUUGAAGAGUUUUGUGGAUAUGUUCUGCAACUUCAUGGUCAAUUCUAUCAAGUCAUAUGCCAUCACAGCUCUCCAGAACAUGGACAACUACCUCUUCACUGAGGUCAUGCAUCACAGCAGCUUCUGCCGAGAUCGGGCAGCAACGGUCAUUGGACAGGAAGACAACCUAGAGAGGCUGAUGGGAUACCUGUCAAGCGAGACCAAUAAGGACAACAAGCCUUUUGUCAUUCAUGGUCUUGGAGGGACGGGGAAGACCGCCCUCAUUGCCAAGCUUUUCAGCAUGUCUAUUGAGAAGCACAAGGGAGACGUUAGAAAUAGGCCUCACCACAUUGUAAGGUUUAUCGGCAUCACACCUCAAUCCUAUGACAUUAGGAAUCUACUCUAUAGUAUUUGUGAACAGGUACAUUCUUCUCUUUUUAUUCUAAAAUUACACUAAAUUAUAUUAUAUACAUCUGACUUCCUAUAUGUGGGACCUUCCUUUAAUUUGUGCUUCAUAUG